AUGCAAAAAUACGACUUACAGCGGCUCAAAAAGAACGAGAGGUAUGUCUGCAAUAUUUUCGUAAACGGAAAAAGACUCAUUUUUCUGUAUUUUCAGGCUGCAUACUACGCAAACGAAGGUGUCGAGGAAGAAGCUGAAUUUUCUGAGUCUCAUGCUCCAGCUCUAAUCAAAAGCAGUGACGAAAUGAAUGCUGCAUUUCAACGUAUUCAAAGCGAAUUCAAGUUUGUUACGGAACAAUUGAAACCAGCAAAAACACGACUGGAAAAGGCUGAAAUACAGCGGGCCAAGGUCGAUAACUUGAUGAACCGAUUGUACUGUCGGACGCAGAACUCUAUUUUACGGACAAGAUACGGCUUCGUUAGAGUGGAGUACUAUAGAACCGAAGACAGGUGCGUCGUAAUAACACCGCUGCAUUGGGAAGCCACGAUAUUCGUCUCUAUCGAUGAAAUAUUAGCCUACGAGGCCAUCUACAGAGAAGAAGAAACGUUUGCCAUGGCAGGAGAAGACGAAUAUUCACGCGAGUUUUUACAGUUGGAGCACAGUAUGGAGACAUCAGAACGUAAAAAGAUGGAGGUCGAAGAUAAAAUAAUCCGUGGAAUUACGGUGUGGCGAGAGAAGAAAGAAAACGAAGAAGAAUUACUAGCAAAGGUGAUCUGCCACGAUGAAUUAGAGUCCCAAUUAGAGUACGAGUUGCACGGACGGAAGAAAACUCUCGAAUCAGCUCGAAAAGAAGCUGUAAUUCUUCACAAACGUGGUCGAUUUUACCCUUCUCGAGUUCGUAAACCGCUCUCCCAACGUCCAAGUCGUCUGGACGCCAAGCGCGUUACUCGAGCCAGUGAAAAGCGUUUAGCGAUGGCUAUGAUCGAACAGAAUUUACUCGCUAAAGAACGAAAAUUACGGGAUCAGAGCAUGCAAGAACGCAACUCUAUCAGUGUGGAAUCUCUAACUCAAGAAGUGUUCGGUGACAUUCUAGCAGAUACGAUAAAGGAUUUUAGCAAGGAGCAUAUUCAGCAAAGAAAACACGAAGCUUCUGAGCUGCUACGCUCUAAGGGAAGCGCUAUCAUAGCAACCGACCCAUACACUACUCUAAGUGGAUCAGUUACGGAACUCUUAGGAUUUGAUCGUCUGUGGGCUGCGAGGAAACAGAAGUAUUCGCUAUUAUAUUCCACGUGGAGAAAAGAGUACGCUAAACUCCAGUUAGUUCGACAAGAAAUGGUGCGACGUGAAGAGCUUCGUCUUCUAGCAGAACAAGAGCGACUACGACUGGAGACUCGACGCAAGGAAAUGUUAGCGGAAGAGCGUCGGUGUCGAAAGUUUUAUGUGGAAGAAAUAGUACUGUAUAUGCAGGAGAGGAAGGCGAUGGCGAAUGCAGAGAUGGAGAUGAAGGAAUAUCUUCGACAAGUGGAGCUCGAAGCCAUGAAGACGAAAUACUCUAAAAUGGUAGAAGACCGUAACCGAUUCAACGAUAAAGCAGCUCGUAGACGGGAGAUUAAACUCGGCAAGAACGAGCAACAUCGACUACACCGCGAGUGGAGACAGAUCAAAGUUGAGGACGAAUUAGCCAUGCAAAUCCGGGAAAAUGAACGAUCUCAAGCGCUAGCUGAAGCUUUAGAGCGACAAUUUGACAAAUAUCUGGCGGAUCAGAUGGCUCAAGGUAAAAUCUCGGCUGAAAUGGAGGCCAGUCGACUAGCCGAUCGACUGCGUGAAGCUCAACAAGUAGCAGCGGAGAAACAGCGAAAUUUCAAGAUGAAAAUGACGCAAGAACGGAUGAUCGCUAGUGUCGAGACGUUUUACGCAGUUUCACGUGCUGAAGUUGAGUGGAUGGAUGCGGUAGAGCGAGCUAAAUUCUGGAAGCAAAGAGCAAUUCUUUUAGAAGAGAAUCUAUCGAAAAUGGAGCCUGAACUCAAGCGAAUUAACGAGGAAAGACAACAUGUUGUGAAUGAUGCAAAAGCGAAACGGGAAUACGCGGAUAAGUGUAAAAAACGGAUUGAAGACGCGGAUUCUUCUCUUUCCAAGGCGAUUCAAGAGAAAGAAAACGCCAAGAUAAAAUAUGAACGCGUACACAAGCUGAAUGCUACUAUCGACUCUGAAGUACUACACGAUCGGGUGCAACGUUUUCGUACCAAGUAUUUACGAGAUCGACUUCAUACUCUAUAUUUCUCUAUGCUGACGGAUUCUAUUAUCCGCCGAGCGUUGGUGGAGUGCAGUGAGCGUGAAAUUGUUCGACUCGAGACGCGAAUUAAACAAUUAGAACAAGAGCGUAUCGUGAAGAGUAAAGAGGUGAGUGUACUGCAGAGAAAGCGACGACGAGGGUUGCGUAUGCGUCUUCGACGAGCCGAAUUAGGCAAGUUAAUGUUUGGACACUCUCAACGUCAACUACUGAAGGAAAUGUUCCAACGGUGGACUAAAAUUUGGUCCGAGCGGUCAAGAGUUCGCGCCUCGUUCAAGCUCAAGCACGAAAGUUUACUGCAAAAGCAGAAACUUACAACCACGACAAAUUAUCCGGUUUUGAAGAAACAAAGUCUUGUUCGUGAAGUUAACGUGAAUUUUUCGACAAAAAUCUCGAUAAUGCACGACCAUCAGCAACGGAAUUUACAAUGCCGCCUGUGUCGUCAGAAGUACUCGGAGGAACAAAACAAUCGCUACUCGUGUGUCUACCACCCCGGGACGUACGAGUUUGCCUGUGUUCGCUCUUGUGAGACCCGACAAAGUGGUUCUUCUGCGGUUCCAGCGUCUUGUAUGAUGCACCGAGCCAAGCGUUGGUUGUGCUGCGAUGAGACAGAGGAAGGAAGGUACGGGAGUUCAGGAUGUGCCAGACGCUUCCACUUACCAGAACGCAACAAUCCUGAGCUUGAGAAUCUUGUGGAGAAGAAGACAAGUCAAGAACAAACCAUCCUGGAUCAAAUUAAUCAACAAUUAUUGGAAUUACGAGAACGAAACGUAGUGGGCAAGAUGAAGUUCGCUACCAAGUCAGUCGUCUGCAAGAUGGAAAAAGAUCUCGCUAAACAACGAGCCACCGCUGCCAAGUUCCACAAACUUCGCUAG